AUGGAUUAUGCUAGGUUUUUGCUCACAAGUCGUUACUUGGUUUAUGGUUGUUUGUAUGAAAGUGAUAAAGUGGUCUCCGGUUCUUAUUUCGUGAAAAAACUCCGAUCCCUCUGUUUGCUUCUUUUCCGGGAUUACGUCUCCACUUUCUCCUCCCGUAUUUUUGGUUGGUUUCGGUCUUUGGAAGCCGAUUUCAUACUGAUACGCUACGGCUUCUGGUCCCGUCCAUCAGUUGCGCGUGUGCUAUGUGUAUUUGAGAGGCGCAUCUUUAUGAUUGAAAUUCUUGUAAUUGACAUUGGAUCGGGUGUGGUAGCUGCUGGAUGUUAUUGUCGGUUGAAGACUGCACCAGAAUUGGUAUCAGAGCCAGUCCUGGACAAGAUGGCUGACGGAAGCUCUCGGAGAACCACCGACGAUGAGCGUGGUUUAGAGGCCGUGCGAACUGCUCAAGCCAGUUUCACGCGACACCUUGAAGAAUUGAGAGCCGACUUUCUACGCCUCUUCGUGGAGAUGAGGACAGAGAUGGCGGCUCUCCGGACAUCUGUGGAAGCAAUAGCUCCUGGUCGAGUUCCGAUCCAGGCACCCCCACACCUUCCAGUUCCUGAACGAGUUCGGAGAAGGACUCAACCCCACAAUGCAGAGUAUUCAGAUUCAGAAGUUGAAGUUAAUACUCGAGUACCGCUGGAAUUAUCAGAGACCGAAGACGACUGGAAAACCCCAUACUAUGUCAUUCCGAGGCGACGUGGAGGACCUCCUCACCGAGAGCAUGGAGAAUUCAAGGUAAAAAUAGACAUACCUUAUUUUGAGGGACGCCUUCAUAUCGAAGACUAUCUUGAUUGGGAACGGGCGGUGGAAACCUUUUUUGAAUACAUGGAGAUUCAUCCUGAGAAACAAGUUAAGUAUGUAGCGUGUCGGUUGAAAGGAGGGGCAAGCGCUUGGUGGCAUCAACUUCUUCAGGCACGAAGGCGAGAUGGUCGCGGAGCCGUGCGGAGUUGGUUUCGCAUGAAACAGUUAUUGAGGGGACACUUCCUACCGACCGACUACGAGCAGAUGUUAUACCUUAAAUAUCAGCAUUGUACCCAAGGGGCAAGGAGCGUGAAUGAUUACACCGAAGAAUUCUAUCGGUUAAGUGCUCGUAAUAAUCUCCAUGAAUCUGAAAAUCAACUUGUAGCUCGGUAUAUUGGAGGCCUUAAAGAUCCCAUCCAAGACAAGUUAGAACUAAAUUCCGUAUGGUCAUUGUCUCAGGCCGUUAAUUUUGCAUUGAAAGCUGAGUCCCAAAUGCAGCGACAAGCAAAAAGUUAUUCACAUCGCCGCCAAUCACAACCUGAAAACAGUGCAGAAUUUUCGAAGAACAACACACCGCAGGCUAAGUUGCAGUCCAAUACAUUGCCGUCGUCCAGUCAGAAUCCUGUUGAAAACAAAUAUCCUGCAAAAAUGAAGGCCCCAUUGAAAGAGAAUCCCUAUAGCAGGCCUACAACAUUGAAGUGCUUUAGAUGUUUUCAGCCCGGUCAUAAAUCCAACGAGUGUCCAAAACGACAUCAACUUCAAAUACUCGAUGGCACCCCAACAGAGGAAGGAAUGGACCAUGAAGAACACUUGGAGGAAGGGGAUUCCACGGAAGAUCUGAAGGGAGACGAGGGGGGAGCCUGUCUUAUGCAUUCUGGAAAAGCUCUUGGAAAGGUUUGUGAGCUCCUCAUUGAUAGUGGAUGUACCGAGAAUGUCAUCUCUCGGUCCGUUGUGCAUGCGUUACAACUAAAGACCACGAAGAAGUCGCAGCCUUACAAGAUCAGCUGGGUAAAGCGUGGUGUAGAGAUAACAAUUGUUGAAGCAUGCCGGGUAACUUUUUCCAUUGGAAGAAAAUUACGUUUACUACCACAAAAUUCUGCUGUCAGUGGGAAAUCUAUCCCUGAACCUGCGGCUGCCUACAUCAUCUCGGGACAUCUUUUAUUGCAGGAAGCCAACAAUAACACUCCGCUGUUAGCCUUGGUCACGACGGAUACUUCUCCUCCAAUAAUUAAACCAACCAUUCAAGAAUCAGUAAAACAGUUGUUGGCUGACUUCGCGGACAUUGGACCAACUGAGCUGCCUACCGAGCUACCUCCUCUCCACAGCAUUCAACAUCAAAUUGAUCUCGUGCCGGGAGCGACAUUGCCCAAUUUACCUUAUUAUCGGAUGAGUCCAAAGGAGCACUUGAUUUUACAGGAGAUUGUAGAAGAUUUACUCAAACGACAUCUCAUUCAAAAUAGCCUUAGCCCCUGCGCGGUGCCUGCACUCCUCGUUCCGAAGAAAGAUGGGAAAUGGCGGAUGUGUAUUGAUAGUAGAGCUAUCAAUAAGAUUACAACAAAAUAUAGGUUCCCUGUCCCGAGAGUGUCCGACCUGCUGGAUAAACUUCAGGGUGCGACUAUCUUUUCUAAGCUUGACUUGCGAAGCGGCUUCCAUCAAGUUCGCGUCAGACCAAGCGACGAGUGGAAGACGGCGUUUAAGAUGCGGGAAGGACUGUACGAGUGGAAAGUCAUGGCGUUUGGUCUAUGCAAUGCACCAUCUACCUUCAUGAGGCUCAUGAGUGAACUGCUACAACCUUUUACAUGUAUAGGAAUUGGAGCGGUGUUAUACCAAGAGGAACGGCCAAUUGAAUACUUCAGCGAGAAGCUGAGCCCUUCUCGACAAAAAUGGACUGUGUACGAGCAGGAGCUGUACGCCGUCGUGAGAGCAUUGAAACAGUGGGAACAUUAUCUGCUUCAUCAAGAUUUCGUAUUGUGCAGCGAUCAUCACUCCCUUCAAUUCCUUAACAGCCAGAAAACUAUUAGUAAAAUGCAUGCCCGUUGGGUAAUCUUUCUACAGAGGUUCAGUUUUGUGAUUCGGCACAAAAUAGGAAAAAUGAACAGGGUGGCUGAUGCCCUCAGCAGGAGAGCAGCAUUACUCGUCCAGUUACAAACAGAAGUCACCGGGUUAGAAGAGAUGAAAAAUUUAUAUGACGCGGAUGAAGAUUUCGCUGCAUAG